UUCAGUAAAAGCUCCAGGUUUGACAUGUUACUAAGAAACUAUAACCACUCCGGAAGGUUAAAUCAUUCUAUGUGUGUCAACAUCAGGCGCAACAACUCGGCGACGGGAGACCACGAAGUGACUAAAAAUUUCACUUACCGCGACCUGACUUCAAAAUUUGAUAAAUGGGCCACUGCACUAAUUAAACUUAAAUUUUACACCGAGAUUGUUGAGUACGACGAGUAUGAAUAUAGCGGCGAAACAUCAACCACACCAAUUUCCAAGCAGACAUACAUGUACGCAAAGUCGACCAUAGUAUGCACUGCAUCGGGCUUUUCACUGUCGCCGCCAUUUUGGACAUUCCUGUAUGUAAAUGAGAACUGCUCCGUCGUAGCUAUAAGUCAUUUCAUAGAUGACUGCAGUGGCUCUCGGGAACCAUCUCCCAAAGACAGCAGCAGAGGAGAGGACUAUGAUACGGCCACGCGCAAGUAUUGUCUAAAGCGUCGUUGUGAACUUUGGGUGCGCCGUCAUUACAAUGAAUCCCAGCGCAGCCAUGGGAAGCUAAGCGACUCCCACUGCUGCGAAAAAUUUUUCAACCGGACUUGUGCAGUUUCGACGCUAGUAAGAGUAUACGAUCCUGAUAUAUGCAUUCACUAAUAAAACGCUCCCUGCUUAAAAGCUUAC